AAAACCUCGCGACUUUGAUUUCUCUCUUUCUCUUUGUGGCACUUCAAUCCCAGAUACAGAAGAAGAUUCAUUCAAUUCAACAAUUCAUAUUCAUAUUCAUAUUCAUAUUCAUAUUCAUUCACUCUAUAGAGAUAAACAAACACACCAACUGUAACAAACAAUGGUGAGUUUUAGGGUUUUGUGAUCACAAAAACGGUUACAGAUUGCGAUGGAAAUGCCUGCUAGAAGGACCAAUUACUCUCUCCUCAGCCAAGUUCCCGACGACCAGUUCACCGCCGCGCCGUCUUCCUCCGGCGACGGAAAACCCACCCGAACUGCCAGGUCCGAUUGGGAGCUCGUCGCCGAUCACAGGGCGGCUCAGCAGGCGAACAAUCGGAUCGGGAGCUUAUUCUCUUCGAGCGGCUUGCAGAGGCAGUCUAGUGGGAGCAGCUUCGGUGAGAGCUCGCUUUCAGGCGGAGGAGAGUUCUACGCUCCGACGCUGGCGGCGAGUGAGGUGGAUGGUGCGUUUGGGUAUUUUCAUGAGGAGGGGAGGAAUAGGUUGGUGGAGGCUCCGGGGAGGGCUAGUGGGUCUUCUGGGAAGAGCUGGGCGCAGCAGACGGAGGAGAGUUACCAGCUGCAGCUUGCUCUUGCGUUGCGGUUAUCGUCGGAUGCUACGUGUGCUGAUGACCCGAAUUUCCUGGAUCAGGCUCCUGAUGAAUCGUCCAUGAGGCUCCCUUUGUCGCCCGAGGCGGUUUCGCAUAGAUUCUGGGUGAAUGGCUGCCUAUCAUACUCCGACAAAAUUCCUGAUGGGUUUUACCUGAUUCAUGGGAUGGAUUCCUAUGUCUGGACUGUGUGCACUGAUCUGCAGGAAAAUGGCCGAAUCCCUUCAGUUGAUACGCUUAAAUCUGUAGAUCCCUGCAUCGAUUCUUCACUUGAAGUAGUUUUGGUGGAUCGACGCAGUGACCCCACCUUAAGAGAACUGCAAAACACAGUUCAUAGCAUUUCUUCUAGCAGCUUAACAACAGCAGAGGUUGUAGAUCACCUCUCCAAACUGGUUUGCAAUCGUAUGGGGGGUUCUACUUCUGUUGGGGAAGAUGACUUGGUUUCUAUAUGGAGGGAUUGCAGUAACGAUCUGAAAGAUUGUUUAGGAUCUGUUGUUGUUCCCAUAGGUAGUCUAUCUGUUGGCCUGUGCAGGCAUCGUGCUAUAUUAUUCAAAGUACUAGCUGAUGCCAUUGGUUUACCUUGUCGGAUCACUAGGGGCUGUAAAUAUUGCAAAAGGGUUGAUGCUUCAUCUUGUCUUGUUCGAUUUGGCCUUGAGAGGGAAUGUCUCGUUGAUUUUAUUGGGAAGCCAGGAUACUUAUGCGAGCCUGAUUCCUUGCUCAAUGGUCCAUCUUCCAUCUCAUUUUCUUCCCCCCUGCGCUUUCCAAGACAUAAUCCAACUGAACCUACCAUUGAUUUCAGGUCACUGGCCAAACAAUAUUUCUUGGACUGUCUGUCCAUUGAGCUUGUCUUUGACAGCAAUUCUGCGGGCACACAUGAUCAAGGUCUUGAGACAUAUGUAUCAUGCAAUCCUCCUCAGAACAUUUUAGACUCAACAACAGUGGGCAAGUAUCCACCGCCUUUAAAGCAGAAGCGUCCUGUUGGUAUGCAAACCUCACUAGCACUAACUAAUGCCAAUGAUGACAUGAUUGAGGGUAGGAGGUUUGUUGAAGGAAGUCUACUGAGACCUAGCAAACCUACUCGAGAAAUUUCCCUUGACAUGGAUGAUUUGGACAUACCGUGGUGUGAUCUUGUGUUAAAAGAGAAAAUAGGAUCAGGUUCUUUUGGAACUGUACACCGUGCUGAGUGGAAUGGCUCGGAUGUCGCCGUGAAAAUUCUGAUGGAACAAGAUUUUCAUGCUGAACGCUUCAAAGAAUUCUUGAGGGAGGUUGCAAUAAUGAAACAUUUGAGACAUCCAAACAUCGUUUUAUUAAUGGGAGCAGUCACUCAACCUCCUAACUUAUCAAUUGUCACUGAAUAUUUAUCAAGGGGUAGCUUAUAUAGGCUGUUGCAUCGACCUGGUGCCAGAGAGGUGUUGGAUGAGAGGCGUAGGAUUGCAAUGGCUUAUGAUGUGGCAAAGGGGAUGAAUUAUCUUCAUAAACGUAAUCCUCCCAUUGUUCAUAGAGAUCUUAAAUCUCCAAACCUUCUAGUUGACAAGAAAUAUACAGUGAAGGUUUGUGAUUUUGGGCUUUCCCGCUUAAAGGCCAAUACAUUUCUCUCCUCCAAGUCAGCUGCUGGGACUCCUGAGUGGAUGGCUCCAGAAGUUCUUCGUGAUGAGCCAUCGAAUGAGAAGUCUGAUGUUUACAGCUUUGGUAUAAUCUUGUGGGAGCUUGCAACGUUGCAACAGCCAUGGGGCAAUUUGAAUCCAGCACAGGUCGUGGCAGCUGUUGGCUUUAAGGGAAAAAGGCUUGAGAUCCCACGUGAUGUGAAUCCCCAAUUAGCUGCAAUGAUUGAGGCUUGUUGGGCCAAUGAGCCCUGGAAACGGCCUUCUUUCUCCAGUAUUAUGGAUUCUUUGAGGACAAUGCUUAAACCCCCUACUCCUCAACCUGGUCGUCCAAACAUGCCAUUACUCACCUGAAUGGUUGGGAGGCCAAGUUGUUAUUCAUGCACAUACCACAGGAUUUUAUUGGUUUUGAUAUCUAACAGAAUAGCUCUUUUACUUGUCGUAGAGACAAGUUGUAUAUUUUUUAAAUCAGGUUUUGGAACACUGAUUUCCAACGCAAAGCAAGAAUUCUCCAUCUUUGUUCCAAACAAAAUUGUUUUGAGUCGGUGAUAUUGUAAUUUCACCAAGAAAUGUUUAAUUUUUUCCCUUCCAUAAUUUCGUAUGUAAAAAUUAUUCCCAUUGUUUUAGACGCAGUUUAUGAUAAGCAGCUGCGCUGGCGGUGUACACCAACAAUUGUUUGCCCUGUAUUCGUGUAAUGUACUUGAAUCUGUCAUUGCCUUGUUUAGAGAGUUUCCUUGUUUGAAAAAAAGGUCAAUGCAAGGGGACGAAUUGAUUCUUUUGAAAGGAAUUAAGAGUUGUGACUUACGAACACUA